AUGGGUGCCGCCGUAAUCUGGGCUCCGGGCCGCCCAGCCUCAGACCUAGACUCGCGCAAAAGCAUAUUCCUCGCAGGACCAACAAAUCCUACGGGGGAGGCUGAUUGGAGAGAAUCCCUCACAGCGGCAUUAAUCGAGCUACCCAUCGUGAUAUACAAUCCCAAGCGCACUGAUUGGGACUCGACUUGGAAAGAAGACUUUUCGGACAGCCGCUGGGCCGAACAAGUAGAGUGGGAGCUCGACAUGCAAGACAAAGCAGAUAUUGUGGUUGUCUUCUUUCACCGAGCCACUCUGGCUCCAAUAAGCCUCUUGGAGUUGGGUCUGUGUGUUCGAUCUGGAAAGGCUAUUGUGUGUGCUCAGGAUGGAUACUCCAAGAGGGGAAAUGUGGAAGCAGUUUGCAGGCGAUAUGGGGCCAAGUUUGUGGACUCAGAGGAGGACUUACAGGAUGCUGUGAGAGAGAGGCUGAAGCAGCUUAUUGCUGAGUGA